UACAAUGCGUGAUAUAAUCACCUAUAUUUGUUUACGAAAUGCUUCAAUAUAUUAUAUACAUAAAAUUGUUUAGUUUUGUAUGUCCCACUACCUUUUGUUAACUAGUGAAGUGGGUGUAAAAAGUUUUUUUUUUCAUAAUAUUGUUGAUAGCUGAACAUGUAAAACGUCAUAGAAUCUGAUUACUUUGGAUUAAUAACAAAAUGCUAAAAUACGAUAUCCACUAUGGAUUUUUAAUAUCCUUAAUAGCAUUAUAUGGAAAAAUUAAUGGAACUUUUUUAGACUUAAAUCAAGUGCAAAAUACUAUAUCCCAAUGGAAGAAUCAAAAUUUGUUAAAUUUUACCGAGGUUGGGGCUGCUUCAAAUGGUGUUUUUGAUUUUGGCGAUAUUAAAAAUAAAAUAUUACAGUGGAAAAAUCAAAAGAUUGCAGCACUUUGUCCGUCUAAUGGACAAAAGUUGCAAAAUCUACUUAACAUUGUAUGUAGUACAGCACAGCCUACUAAUAUUACAAUAAGAGAUGCUUGCGUUAACUGCUUCGCUUCGGUUACUUCAAUGCCUGAGGGACCUCAAGAAUUAACAGCAUUAGGUGCCUGUGCAACACAAUAUUUUGAAGACACUUCAUAUGCUAGUUGUGCCACAGCUCUAGUGGCUUUAUCGACCUCAGCACUGAAUGUCCAACCAUCUGGAUGUUUUAUGGGAUAUUGCGACUUUGUGCGUUGUCUACGAAGGAUCAAUUCGAUGAAUUUGAUUAUUCAAUGUACAAGAGAAGCAAGAACGGGGGUAAAUAUUAUGUUAGAUAAUGAUAACGUCCGUUUUUUUACAAAUGUAACGUCGUGUAUUUUGGCUAAAACUCGAUGCGGAAUAUUUAAUCCUAUUACCGGUGAACCUCAAGUUCCUGGGUCCUCAUCUUCUGGAGCAAGAAUAAGUAAUGCUUUGCAAUUUUCUGAAUCCGGGGAACUGAGAAUUCUUGCAUUUUCAGCUAACACGCCUGUCCUAAAUUCAUUUUGUUCUAGUUCUUCUAAUUUAACGCAAACUAGUUGGCUUACCAAUGAAUGCUAAUAUAUUAAAGAUGUUUGUAGACGAUUAUAUUAUUUUCUUAUUAUGUAUUUACGCUAUUUUAACUACCACCUUGUUUGUGCACCCAUUUAUGCGGUGAAACAACAGUUGUAAGUCUAGUUAAAAUAUGUCAAAGCUUUUAUGCCUAAAAACCAAAUACUGAUGCUUGUGUCCAUAGACGAAUUAAAUAGAUAUAGAGGUGUUAAACUAGCCUUAGGAAGUACGUAUAUUGAAUAACAUGUAGGUAGUAACAUCGGUGUGUAGACGACGGACUAACUGACCUGUCUUUUUAUUUUCACCUAUUAUCCCUCGCUUGUGUCCCACCAGCGUAUACCGUUAGCGCAGACGAUGUAAUCAUUCCAUUAUCAUCCAUUAAAAAAAAAUAUUGAUGUGUUAUUGGAAUAUGAUCUUCGUUCGUGGUGAUCUUAUGAAUGCCUACUUGUAUCAAAUCAAUGCAAGUAAUACGAUCGUCCGUUGAGUGUGGCGCAUCAUAUAAAAAAGUGCAAUUAUUGACGUUUUUAAGAUAAUAUUUCAUUAGGUAGUUCAUCCUAGAGCUUAGUAAUAUUAUGUUGAUGUUAUAUCUGAUCUUCCUAGUAGUGCGACUGGGAGUAGUAAAAUGUAGGCAAUUUGAUGUAUGGAAGUUAUGUUGUCGAAACUGUAUGUCGAAAAACAACAUAAUGUGGUGCUUUUUUAUAAUGGGUGAUAAUGAGUGUUAACCCUGUCAUUAAUAUGCACUAGUGGGGUAUUAGUGAAUGAUGAUAAGUAGGGAUGAAGUCAGGUCACCUGGUUCAUCGUGACGAAUUUAUAGGAAAUUAUUCAUAAUGGUUAUUAGGAGGAUCGCUUGGAGGGCGACCUGAUAGAGUAUAUUGUUAGCAAUGGCUCCAUUACUAACAAUCUCUUAUUCUUCUACUAAUGUAAUGCUAGCUAGUUUGAGUUCCGCGGUUUUACGUAGGUAAAAUAAGGAAUUUUCGAUUAUAAGGCGUGAAAUAUAUACGGAAAGUCUUAAAGUUAGUGUGAAGCGCCCUUUAUGUCUUAUUCUAUUUCUCAUAGAUUAAGAAUAGUAUUUGCAGUUUCCUUCCAAAUUUUUUU